AUGAGAGGUCUCCCAGUUGAAUGGCAACCUAAAAUUACUUCUAUUGAAGAAGCAAAAAGUGACUCUAUGAGAUCUGUGGCAGCACUGUUUAGAAGUCUUACUGAGCAUAAUGGAAGAUUAUCCAUGCUAAAGGAAGAUACUGGUAAGAAGAAGAAGUCACUGGCUCUAAAAGUGACAAAAGAAGAAUUUUAUUUUGAAACUAGUGAUAGUGAAGACUUUAAUGAAGAAAUGGAUAUAUUUGUCAAGAAAUUUGGCAAUUUCUUUUGGAAGAAGAAGUUUAGGAAGAAAUUCUUAAAGAAAAAAGAAAAGGAGAUAACUUGUUAUAAGUGCAAGAAGCCUGGACACAUUAAGGGUGACAUUAAUGAAGAGUCCAUUGAAGAAGAAGAAGAAAAUCUCUAUCUGAUGGCUAAAAGCCAUUGUGAUCAGAUAAGAUUCACAGGCUGGCUGAACCCUCUAGAACACUGGAAAACCUGGGAACAAAAGCUUCGUUCUAAGUACGAACAUGUAUGGAGAAACGCUGGAAUACUCGAAGCAAUCAUAGCUUCCACAUACCGUAUUCAAAGGAGCGACGAUUUGGUUCUCGGGCUUGCACAAAAAUGGUACUCUGAAACCAAUAGCUUCAUCUUCUCUUGGGGUGAAGCUAGCAUUACUCUGGAAGAUGUAAUGGCUUGUGGGGGCUAUUCUGUUGUGGGAUCCUCUGUUUUCACGCCUCUCAAAGAUAAAGAAUCGAAGCAAAUGGAACAGAGGUUAGAUGAAGUGCGAAGAAAUUUGAUAAAGACGAGAGCCAAAAAGGCAGAACAUGCUCCGUGGCUGAAUCAUUUCAUGGAGGAAGAGGGUGAGUUGGAACUCGUGGCAUUUCUAUCAUUAUGGCUUGCUAGGUUUGUGUUUCCUCGAUCAAUUUCAAAACAAUUUUUUCCCAUUGCUAUACAUCUAGCUAGAGGCACACGAAUUGCCUUAGCACCUGCUGUUCUAGCAAGUAUCUAUAGAGAUUUGACAUUGUUAAAAGGAAAAUUUGUUGUGGCUGUAAACUCAGUGACUAACAGUGAUGAUGAAUGUGGUAUAUCUGCUAAACCAAUAAUCUUAAGAGCCCAUUUUCAAUUGGUUCAAAUAUGGGCUUUUGAGAGAUUCCCAUCAUUUCAGCUAAGGUCUACCACAAUUGAGCAUGGUCAACCUUUGACAACAAAAUGGCACCAAGUAAGAAUGCUGAACUAUGAAGAUGUGAGUUUAGCUCUAGACUCUUCUGCAAAAAGCUUUCUUUGGCAGCCAUAUAAAGAUGCUUCAAAGUUUUACAGUGAAAAUGAUAGGUGGGUAUGCUUCAAUUCAGAUUCUAAUGUUGAUUUUGAGUCAUUUGCUCGCUGCCUCAGGCAUUCUGAGUUGUUGGGAAUGGAUUGUGUAGAAAUGUACCUUCCACACCGUGUGGCUAUGCAAUUUGGGUUGGAUCAGGACAUUCCAGAGAAGGUGGUUCAUUGCAAGGAGAAUGACAAUCCUAAGAUUGCUUGGAGAAACUAUGACAGAUCAAUGACUGAAGCAAUGUUGUGUAUUGCUGCUGUUGCAUCUUCAUCUAACUUGGAGCCUGGUGUUACUUUUAAGUACCUGAAGUGGUGGAAGCAAUCAAAACUUGGAUCUGGUGAACGACCUGGUUUGAGCUCUAAGUCUACGAAUGUCUCUGAAAAACUGUCACAAACUUCAUCUGAGAUGGGAUCUCCUAUUCAUAGAGAUCAAACAGGGAAUAAUUCUGAUCAAAAUCAUGAUGGUUCAACAAUUAAAAAACUGCAGAAGAGAUCUCAUAGUCAUGAAACUGAUAUUUCAAUGGUGGAUGGACAAUCAAAAAGGGCAAAGUUAGAUGCAAAAAUGGAGAGUGUGAUUGACAAGUCUGAAAAUGCCAAAGAAGGUAAAUUUGGCGAGAAUGGUAAUGAAAGAGAAUGUGUGAGUGAUUGGUCUCUGGAUAUAUAUUUCUCUAGUAUUGAAACUCGGCUUGAAUACCUUGAAAGACUGGUUGCUCAGCUUAAAGCAGAAAAAUUUGGACCCAAAUAUGGGGUUGUUAGAGCCAAAACUAGUUUAUCUUAG